AUGCCGCGGGGAUACCGCGGUGGAUACGACUACGCAUUCGCGGGGUUGAGGAAGCGAAACCGUGAGGCAUUCGUGGAAGCGUCAUCUGCUGCUAACGCACGUGUUGGUUGGCCAGUCGGGGGUCGCGGUGGCGCGGAUGCCAAAGCUAAAGCCAAAGCCGAGGCGGACGCCGAGUCGGAUGCGGCGAACGCGCGCGUCGCGUUCGCGGCGGAGGCGACACGCGUCGCUCUCGGCGACGUCACGAACGCCGCGAGGCGAGACGAGGCGGCGCCGAAGGCGGCGAGCGGAGUCGGAUUGGAUGCGCCGGUGGAGAACGACGCGCCCAAAGAUACCGCUGGUGGUGUCGCGGCGGAGGCGACACGCGUCGCUCUCGGCGACGUCACGAACGCCGCGAGGCGAGACGAGGCGGUGCCGAAGGCGGCGAGCGGAGUCGGAUUGGAGGCGCCGGUGGAGAACGACGCGCCCAAAGAUACCGCUGGUGGUGUCGCGGCGGCGACGACGCUCGCGUUGAAAUACGUCACACGCGCCGCCGGGGACGGACUCGGAGGAGCACCGGUCGUCACCUUGGAGGUGUUUAAUGCCGAAUUGUGCGCCAAGACCAUGAACAAUGAGACGGUGCGCGGCGUGGAUUUCGAGAGCAUCAUCUCAGACAUUCACUCGCGCGUCUCACCGAGCGCGUGCACGCGGGACAGUUUCGCGCGUUGGCUCGCGAGAGGAGCGCCAUUGUUCGCGGCGACGGGGCUGCCGAAGGUCGACAUGAUGGAUGAUGAUGAAGCGUGUCACCAACGUGCAUUUCGACGUACCACCAGUUCAACAAACGCACAGUGGUCCUCCCCGCUCAACGCGGCGGAGUCAACGUAUGCGUGUCAAAAUCUUAACGCGGUUCGCGUCGCGGCGAUGGCGCUGAAAGCGAGCGAAUUCGAGUUGCGUCAGGCUUUGGAAAAGGUCGAGACGGCCAUGGGAUCGAUGGUGCGAUAUCUGAACGUACGCGGGUGCUAUCACUACAGAAUUCGCACCGACGACGGACUCGUGUUCGCGUACGUCGGGGAAAGUGUCGAUGUAGAGCGACGAAUCAACGAGCACUUGACGGCGCUGCUCGGCGACGGGCGCGCGCACGACAUGCAGCGAGGACACGCACUCGUUCGACGAGCCCAAAAGGGCGACGACGACCAUGCUGAUGCUGAUUUUCAAUGCAGUUUGUGGGUCAUUCACGGACAGGAUGAAGCGAGCGCGGUCGAGUUGGCGAAGACGUACGUGAAAACGUGCGCGUCGACGCCGUCGAUUUUGGAAGUCGCGCGCGCGAUUGCGAGCGCCGGAUUCUUCGUCGAAGCGGUAUUCACCGCGCACUACGGGACCUUGCACGAGCACACCGCGGACGGCGUCGUCGGAAUGAACUUUUCUCAGCCCGGUGUGUGCCAUAACAGAGGGGUCACCCGCGAUUAUACGUGGAACGAGAUCAGAGAGACAUUCGGAAAGAAGACGCGAUGUACGAAGACUUUGCCGGCAUUCACGUGCGGACGGUGCGACAGAGAUUUUCCGCAAGGAAAGUCGCGAAGUUACCGGCACGCAGACGGCCAUGGCCGCGUGUGCGUUGGGUGCUACCAAAAAGCAAGCAGGGCGAAUCAGCCACCGUUAAAACCGCCUUUUCGGUGCAAAAUUUGCGUUGGGGAUUUUCCGCAAGGAAAGUCGCGAAGUUACCGGCACGCAGACGGCCAUGGCCGCGUGUGCGUUGGGUGCUACCAAAAAGCAAGCAGGGCGAAUCAGCCACCGUUAAAACCGCCUUUUCGGUGCAAAAUUUGCGUUGGGGAUUUUCCGCAAGGAAAGUCGCGAAGUUACCGGCACGCAGACGGCCAUGGCCGCGUGUGCGUUGGGUGCUACCAAAAAGCAAGCAGGGCGAAUCGACCACCGUUCACGUGCGCGCUAUGCUCGCAUGCGGUUUCUCGAGGGAAGGUGAGUCAUCCCCAAAGAGAUGGUGACGGGCGCGUGUGCGACGCUUGCUACAGGAAAUGCCUCGCUCAGUUUCAGUGCCUUGAGUGCGACAGAGAGAUGCAAGGGAAACAAAGUUACCGCGGAGACGGCGAUGGACGCGUGUGCGCAAGAUGCUACCAAAUCACUUUACUCGCAAAGCAACCACCGUUCACGUGCGUGCUAUGCUCGCGUGCGGUUUCUCGAGGGAAGGUGAGUCAUCCCCAAAGAGAUGGUGACGGGCGCGUGUGCGAAGCUUGCUACAGGAAAUGCCUCCGCGAAAUGUGA